UUAACUGGUGGUGCCUCCACCAUGGCGGCUAGCCAUGCCGGCAUGCGGAGGCACCACAGUGUUCGAUUUUUAUUUAAGGAAAGAGAAGAAGAAAAUAGAGUAACGAGAUUGGACUUUUCCAGAAAACUAAUCCAACAGGUGCUGAAGUUUCGGCCAGAUGACCUGAAUUGUAUCCUUACCCUGCCUUUCAAUAAGGGAUAUGAUGUAAGUUUUUGCUCUGCCGCACUUCUUAAGGAGUUUUGGACACGGUUUGAAAAUGCUAAGACCCAGUUUUCAGCUUUUGACGUCGAGAAACUGACUGACAACUCCCUGAAAACGGUGAUUGUCAGGAUGUUCAAUGAGACUGUCAGUGCUGAAGACAUCUGUAUGUGGCUGGGUAGAUACUGCACUGUGAGAGGCCAGGCUAUGAAGGUGCGGGAUGUGGACGGCAUCUGGAACUGUGCUUGGCGGGUCCCCAUUAAACAAUGGGAAGACCCCCAAGGCUUCCAGGGCCUGAAGCAUCUCCCCUCAAUGAUAGUCCUGGGGGAGAACAGAGGCUACAUUCACUAUCAAGGCCAACCCAAACUGUGCCGGAAGUGCGGCGAGCAUGGUCAUCUGGCCGAAACUUGUGAGAAAGUCUUCUGUGGUAAAUGUCGAGAAGUGGGACACACUUUUGAUGAAUGUACGAACGGGCGGAAAUGUAAUUUGUGUGGUGGACAGGAUCAUUUGUUCAGAGACUGUCCAAAGUCGUUUGCAAAUAAACUGAAAAAAGGAAAAGAGACGGUAACGGAAACGGCUAAUGAGCAAGUGGACGCAGCUGGGUCGGAAAUUUCAAAUCUCCCGCCAGGUCCUCUGAUUGGAGGAGAGGAGGAGAGGGCGGGAAGCGGGGAGGGGAAGGAAGCCCCCCCCCAGACCGAAACAUCCAGUGAGGGGGGGGAGAUGCUAACCGAAGGCGGAGCUAGCUCGGACUCUGAGGAAGAACAGACGGACAGCAGCCAUGAUGCCCCCCUCCCCGACGCCCAGCUGGCUAAGAGGCCGGCAUCUGAGUCACCUCCCGACCUUACCCCCAAGGUAGGGAAGAGAGGAAGGCUGGAGGAACUCUUCGGUUCUUUCGGAGAGGAAUCAAAAGCCUUCCUCGCUGGCUCAUCCAAUGAGGUCUCGUUCCUAGACUUUGCUCACCAAUCAACCCCGAAGGACCCAAACAAGGACUGGGAACCAGUGACUCCAGUGCGCGGCCUCCUGUAUGGAGACGCCUCCACCGUUUGGCGCAACGUGAGCCAUCCCGUCCUUCCAAACAGACUCCAGGAUGUCAUGGAUGGUGGCUCAUGGGAUCCUGCCGGUCAGAGCCGUUAUGCUCCCGCGGCAUGUCUGCAACGUCCAUCUGCCCCCGACCCGGUUGUGGCGCGCCGGAGUCGGUGAGGCCCCUGCUGUGGGAGUGCAGCGCUGCUGUGGACCUGUGGGCGAAGGCCGGCUCCUUGCAAUUCCCACACUUGCCAGCAAGGGAGGUCCUCCAUGCACAGUUAGUGCUGUACGGGGUGAGCCA